CCCGAAAUAGUCACUUCCUGGCUCUGAUAGAAUCACAUAAUGGUCUUCUGUUACUCUUUUUCUAUAAAAUUUGCCUUCCUUCUUAGGGGUUGUCCAUUAAUCACGUGAUCUUUUUUUAGCAUUUUUUAACCCCCCCUCCCCCAUUGGUGAUACGUAGUGAGGUUUAAGACCACCACCCCUCCCCCUUCUCAACAUCACGUGUAUUUUUAGUACCUACAACGAAUCUUAAAAUUUUCUGAAUAUUAUCUUAAUUUAAAUACAGGUGUAAACUAUAAUCUUAUUUUAUUCUGAAAUUAAGGACCAUAAUAAAAAUGUCUACACCAGGUUGCAAGUUUUUUUUUAUUGCCAUAACAAUAAUAAUAAACGAAGAGUUUAAUCAUAGGAAAAACAUGUAUUGUACUAGUACAUAAAUAUAUUUAAUGUAUAUUGUCCUCGGACCACGGAUUAGCAAGACAUUCUUCAACACUAACAACUGGAUAAGCAUCUUGCAGGUCAGUUGUUGGCACUUUGCUUUGUUGAAAAUCAACAUCGGUUUCAUCAUUUUCGCGCACAACGCUGAGAAUUUUUUCGAUCUGCCGAUUGAUCGUCGCGUGAGGAUGCGUGAAGGACGAACAUUGUGCAUCUCUACACUAUUACUGCUCGGAUUAGGUUGCUUGUGACAUGAAUUUACAUGUUCCUUAACUUUCUUCUUUGUACAGAAGUACAAUCCACACCACUGCCACGUCCGAUCCAAAAGUUGCCGACGAUACUUUUUCUCGUAGUUCUUUGAUCAAGUAAAAAAGAUACUUCUUUCUUGGGAACACGCCUGUCUUUUGAGCAAGUACACUCUAAGAUAGGUCUUUCCUGUGAAGGGCUACUUGUGGUACGGGAAGGGGUCCACCCUCGUUAGGCAUUUGCUGAAACCCCGUAUCAAUACAUGUAGCCUGGAGGAGCGGGGGUGAGGCGUCAUGGAGCCGUUACAGACCCAUGCUGCCACCUGCGAAGCUGUGGAUAGCGCCACAGCCGGUGCCCCUCCUUCUCCGGGGGUAUCCGCAAUUAUGAUAGGAGAAUGUGAAGCUGUGGAUAGCGCCACAGCCGGUGCCCCUCACUCUCCGGGGGUAUCCGCAAUUAUGAUAGGAGAAUGUGAAGCUGUGGAUAGCGCCACAGCCGGGGCCCCUCACUCUCCGGGGGUAUCCGCAAUUAUGUUAGGAGAAUGUGAAGCUGUGGAUAGCGCCACAGCCGGGGCCCCUCACUCUCCGGGGGUAUCCGCAAUUAUGAUAGGAGAAUGUGAAGCUGUGGAUAGCGCCACAGCCGGGGCCCCUCACUCUCCGGGGGUAUCCGCAAUUAUGUUAGGAGAAUGUGAAGCUGUGGAUAGCGCCACAGCCGGGGCCCCUCACUCUCCGGGGGUAUCCGCAAUUAUGUUAGGAGAAUGUGAAGCUGUGGAUAGCGCCACAGCCGGGGCCCCUCACUCUCCGGGGGUAUCCGCAAUUAUGAUAGGAGAAUGUGAAGCUGUGGAUAGCGCCACAGCCGGGGCCCCUCACUCUCCGGGGGUAUCCGCAAUUAUGUUAGGAGAAUGUGAAGCUGUGGAUAGCGCCACAGCCGGGGCCCCUCACUCUCCGGGGGUAUCCGCAAUUAUGAUAGGAGAAUGUGAAGCUGUGGAUAGCGCCACAGCCGGGGCCCCUCACUCUCCGGGGGUAUCCGCAAUUAUGUUAGGAGAAUGUGAAGCUGUGGAUAGCGCCACAGCCGGGGCCCCUCACUCUCCGGGGGUAUCCGCAAUUAUGUUAGGAGAAUGUGAAGCUGUGGAUAGCGCCACAGCCGAUGCCCCUCCCUCUCCGGGGGUAUCCGCAAUUAUGUUAGGAGAAUGUGAAGCUGUGGAUAGCGCCACAGCCGGUGCCCCUCCCUCUCCGGGGGUAUCCGCAAUUAUGUUAGGAGAAUGUGAAGCUGUGGAUAGCGCCACAGCCGAUGCCCCUCUCUCUCCGGGGGUAUCCGCAAUUAUGAUAGUAAAAUGUGAAUCUAUGGAUAGCGCCACAGCCGAUGCCGCUCCCUCUCCGGGGGUAUCCGCAAAUAAGUUAGAAGAGGAACCAAGUUCUAGUAUGUCGUCUUCUCCACGAGUAUCCCCCGUAUUUGUGUUAAGAGAAAACAUGACCAGACUAGACCUGUAUAAUGCUUUGAUUGCACGAAGCAAAUUAAUUAGAGGUGGAAGGCCGCAAAAUUUAAACAAUGAUACCCGACUUGAAAUAUUAACCUCAUUACUGGGCGAUGAAUACGCAACAGCAUUACAAUCGCACAAACUACAGGUACAACAACUAUUAAGUUUAUUUAUUUAUAAAUGCGAAACAAAAUAUAAGGCUACAAACAGACAUAUAAAAAUAUUUUUAAGAAAACAUAAUAACUGGCUUAGUAAAAAAUUCCUAGAUGACCUGAAACCCAUAUUUACAGAAGAAGAGUAUGAAAGAAAAAUUAAACAGGAAAGACUAGAAGAAGAGCCUGCGGCAGACAGUUCACGCUACGAUGGAGUUUCACAUUUUCCGUCAGUGAAGGAAGAAGGUCGUUGUAUGUACUGCAAUAAAAAAACUACGGUUUACUGCCUGAAAUGUGAUACACGACUUUGUUUUGUGCCGGGCAAAAAUCCUCGCAACUGUUUUUUGAGCUUUCAUGUUAAAUAAUACAGGCCCUUGCAGUUUUUUUGUUUUUUUUUUUGUAAAAAAUAAAGGUUUUUUUACUAUUUUAUUUAUUUAUUUAAAAAGCUUUAUGCUAUGCACAUGUACAUGGGUGGACAUAAUGCCGUUGGCAUUUUCUACCUGUCUGACCCUUGGGUGGUGCAGAGAACAUACCAGGCGGGUGCAUGGAACAUGAUAGAUAUCUAAAAUGGGAAAAAAUAAGAUGUAUUUCGGACAUAUACAUAAUAAUACAUACCAGUAC